AGCAGCUGAUAUUUGUUUACAUUUUUAUUUCUUUAAAUAUUCAUGGAAUAAAUAUUAUUUUCUCGGUAAAUUUCGCAAAGAAAUUUAAAAACAGAAAUGAAAAUUAAUGAGAAAAACUUGAGUGCUUACGCCGUGUCCGCGACGCCGGUUGAUAAGGAAGGUUACCUGAAUAAGCGCGGGGAAGUAAACAAGAAUUUUCAGAGACGGUAUUUCAUCUUGAAGGGCAAUUUAUUGUUUUAUUUCGAUAAAAAGGGGGAUAAGGAACCCCUGGGCGUGGUAAUUUUGGAAGGGUGCACAAUAGAACUAGCGGAGGAAGAGGAGCAAUUUUGCUUUAAAAUCCUUUUUCACGGCACCAACAAUAGAAGUUACAUUUUGGGAGCUGAAUCUCCGGAAUCCAUGGAACAAUGGAUGAAAGCCCUGGCUUGCUCCAGUUAUGAUUACAUGAAAUUAAUGGUAGCAGAAUUGCAGAGGCAACUAGACGAUAUUGAAGACACCCCUGUGCCAGUGAUGCAAGAGAGAAACUCCCCUGUUGCCCCACCGAGGACCAGGCAUAAUCCGUUCAAUACACCUGAGAGACCUGCCAGGAGUUCUAAUGCAAGAAGGGGUGAAGACGCUUUAAGGUAUUUUGAAAACCCCAGUACACUACAUGAUGUUAGAGAAAAAAAUCAUGUAAUUACUUUCCGAGAGUUGCACAAUACUUAUGGCAGGCCGAUUUUGCAGGACUUUAAUAUUUGGAAAAAGGAGCAGAGAGAUAAGCUGGAUAAUGCUAGUGCCAAUCUGAUUACUGAAAUGUGGUAUUAGAGAACAAAUGUAUUUUUGCCAGAGUAAACACAUCGAUUUGCUUGCAGAAA